GAAAGUUUUCAGCAUGACAGCAGGAAUCUUCAGGGUCUGCCUAGUGGUGGUCACCGCCAUCAUCAAUCACCCAAUCCUGUUUCCUUGGGAAAAUGCCACAAUCCCAGAAAAUGAGGAGGAAAUCAUUCACAAGAUGAGGGCACACCAGGAGAAGAUGCAGCUGGAACAGCUGAGGCUGGAGGAGGAGGUGGCCAGGCUGGAGGAAGAGAAGGAGGCCCUGAAGCAAGCCACUGAGGAUGGCCAGCACCAGAAUGAAAGCCGGAUGGCGUGGGACUUGUGGAGUACCCUCUGCAUGAUCAUUUUCCUGAUGAUUGAGGUGUGGAGGCAGGACUAUCUGGACGGCAUCCCACCUGACUCUCCUGGAGAGGAGGAUGACCUUCCCAGCUCAAGGAACACCUUCCAAGGCAUUCAUCUCCCUGACAAGGUGACACUGUCCCACUUUUAUGAACGAUGCAUCCGAGGGACUACUGGAGACGCAGUCCGGACCCGGGAGUUUGUGGAAGGCUUCGUGGAUGAUCUGUUGGAGGCACUGAGGAGUGUGUGUAAUCGGGACUCUGACAUGGAGGUGGAAGAUUUCAUUGGUGUAGGGAGCAUGUAUGAGAACUGGAGAGUGGACAAGCCAUUGCUCUGCGACCUCUUUGUGCCUUUCAUACCCCCAGAGCCAUACUGCUUCCGCCCAGAGGUCUGGUGCACCAGCAAGUCGGUCCCCUUGGAUCUCCAGGGUUAUGGCCAGAUCAAGGUAGGCUGGAUCAAUGAAGACUCCGUGGGUUGCAUCUGUGGCAAGACCAAGCUUGGGGAGGACUUACUCUGCCUUCUGCACAGCAAAAACGACAAGACAAGUCCUGGAAGCAAGAUGGAAGACUUGCUGUGUUUCAAGGAUUCUCCAUUCCUGGACAUGGACCAGGUCAUGAAGUGGUUCCAGACAGCCCUUACCAGAGCUUGGCACCGCAUCUCACGCAAGUAUGAGUUCGACCUGGCCUUUGGACACCUGGAUACCCCGGGGUCCCUGAAGAUCAAGUUCCGUUCAGGGAAGUUCAUCUCCUUCAACCUCAUCCCAGUGGUCCAGUGUGAAGAUUCAGACCUGUACUUUGUGUCUCACUUCCCCAGAGGACGGCCUCUGGGGGCCCCAGCCUCUACCACGCACUGGUUCCUCUCCUUUGCUGUCUAUGAAAGACACUUUCUUAAGAUGAUUACCAAGGUACUGCCCGAAAAUGCCUGCCACCUCAGUUGCCUCCAGAUUGCCUCCUUCCUGCUAAUAAAGCAAAAUCGCUUGACAGGUGUCAGUGGCCUCAGCAACUACCACUUAAAGACAGCCUUGCUUCAUCUGCUGCUGGCCCGGCCAGGUUCUGACUGGGGGCCUGGACACCUGGAAUCCCGACUGAAUGACCUGCUCCGCUUCCUAGAAAAGAGUCUUCUCGAAAAGAAGCUCUGCCACUUCUUUGUGGGCAACCAGAAGGUACCCAACACCAUGGGCAUUCCUGAGAUCUUCAGAUGGGCAGAGCCCUUAAAUCUCUUCUGUCCCUUUGUCCUUCAGCGAAGCCUCUAUCAGAAAACAGUAGAUUCUUUCUAUGAGAUGCUGAAGAAUGCUUCUACCCUCAUUAGUGAGUACUCCUUGCACAUCCCUGCUGACCACUCCAGCUCACUUCAGAAACGGACCCUCGCCUAG